UCCUCCCCGCUCCCCUGCUCCCGCCUUGCCCACGCGGGACCCAUCGCCGCGGAGGUGCUGUCAGCCCUAGGGGACCCCUUCCUCUGGGGUCCGGAUGUGUCGAGCGCCGACUUCCGCCUCCGAGGCCUGAGAGAGGCGAGGCCCUGUGUGCGGGAAGCCGGAGUCCGGUUGGCUGAGGGAAGGAGCCCAGGCCCGGCAGCCAGGCGUGCAGGGGUAUCGAGAAGCAGCUGUUGAGCCCUCGGUGUGAGGCAGGAGUCCCUGAGAUCACGGUGCAGGUUCAGCCCGACACCAUCGCCAUGCCCCUGGGUCAGAGGAGUGAGCUGUGGAAGCUGGAGGAAGACCCCGGUCCAGGACCGGGACAGGGCCUGGAGGAGGCACAGCAGUGCGGGGCUGGAGGAGAGGAGACCCUACCUCCCUCCUCCGCCUCUGCCUCCUCCCAGUCCAGCGUCCCUUCCCUCUCUUGCUCGGCCCUGUCUCUGGGCCCCCAGGAGGAGGGCUCUGCUGCGGGGACCCCGAGUCCACCCCAGAGCCCUCAGAUGGCCUGCCCCUUGCCCGCGGCCAUGGCAGCCACUGCCUGGAGCCCGCCCGACCAGGGCUCCAGCAGCUCAGAUGAGGAGGGGUCCAGCACCGGGGAGGAGUCCGAAGAAGCCGAGCCCAGGCGCUCUGACAUACUCCAGGAGAAGACAGCUGACCUGGUGGGGUUCCUGCUCCUCAAGUAUCUCACCAAGGAGCCGGCCAGCCAGGCGGAGAUGCUGGCGAUCGUCGGCGAGGAUGAGCAGGACGCCUUCCCCGGAAUGCUGGGCCAGGCGUCCGAGUGCAUGCGGCUGGUGUUUGGCGUGGAGGUGAAGGAAGUAGACCCCACCGAGCACUCCUACGUCCUGGUCACUGUCCUGGGCCUCACCUGCGAUGCGAUGCUGAGCGGUGAGCAGGGCCCGCCCAAGACCGGCCUCCUGGUGGUGCUCCUGGCGGUGAUCCUCCUGGAGGGCGACCGUGCCCCCGAGGAGGUGGUGUGGGAAGCGCUGGGGGUCAUGGGGGUGUAUGCCGGUGAGGAGCACAUCAUCUACGGGGAGCCCCGGGAGCUCCUGACCAACGUCUGGGUGCAGGAAGGGUACCUGGAGUACCGGCAGGUGCCCGGCAGUGACCCUGCCCGCUACGAGUUCCUGUGGGGUCCCAGGGCCCACGCGGAAACCAGCAGGUUGCAGGUGCUGGAGUAUUUGCUGCGGGUCUAUCCCGGGCUGCCGGUUUCCUCCCUGGUCCCCUCUGAAGAGGCUGUGAGCCACGAGGAAGGGAGGGCCUGAGCCCCAGGGGUGGCUGUGGUGCGGUCCGGGCCCUGGCGUGGUGGGCAGAUUGUCCUGGGGGUUCCGGGCACGAAGUGAGGCUGUUUCUUGG